AUAACGACUCCAUGCAUUCCUUAUUCCGCGAGAACAACAUCCCUCGAUUGGGGUGUGAACCGUUCUUAAGGACACUUAUAACAUUAAAAUUAAACAAAAUAACACUAUUUACUAAAUAAAUAACAAUUCAAAAAUCAAAAUAAACGUCAAACGAAUAUAUUUUGAUAGUGCAAUAUAAAAAUUUUGUGGUUUUUCUGUGAAAAUUCGGAUCAAAUGUGAUAAGUGAAAAAUGUCCACGGUAAUCAAUCCGUGAUCAGAUGUAUAUCAGCAGUGUUGUAACAAUGGAUGUUAUGGAUCACUACAUUAAUCACAAUUAUUCUUAAUCAGCGACUCACCGCGCUGAGCGAGCGAGAUAGCGCGAUGCAUCCAACUAGUAGGUGACGCUGUCGGCUACACCCGCGGAACAUGUCAUGGGACUCUAUAGAGUCGCGCGACUUCCUAGGCGGGGUGCCGGCCCACCAGCUGUCGGCGACACGUCUGCUGAGCUCACCUGACCCAUCCAGACACCACCUCGAAGAGCCACAAGAAGCCUACCCAUUCGCAGAAGAAUACCGAGCGAACGCUGGCUCCGGGCGGAAUGGCACGCUGGUGUGGGGCGCCCGCUUCGGGCCCGCUCACCGCCCGCCCACGGCCGGCCUGCUCGACUGCUUCCGAGCCUGCAGGUCGAGGCUGGACCAGUAUCUUGCAAGAAGGAAGAUCGAGCGCGGAGUCCGUCUCUACGGUCAGAAUGAACAACGGCUAGCAGUCAAGGUCUGGCUAUCUGCUCUCCGAGGAGUCAGACAUAGAAGUGACAAGUUCGCGCUACUAGGCCAUUUGUACCAGGCUUAUAUGGACUUCGGGAAGUAUCGAGAAUCUCUGGAAUUCGCGAACAGACAGCUGGGUAUAUCUGAAGAGCUGGACUCGGCGCCAAUGAGGGCUGAGGCUUACUUGAACCUCGCUAGAGCACACCAGACCUUGGGAGGACUCGACAGAGCCCUUUCCUACGCUCGUCAAGCGCUCUACAACGACUGCGGCGGCGGAUCCACAGCGGGUUGCGUACAUCUAACUGUAGCAGCCGUCAGUUUAGAACUGGGAGCGUUUUCUAAAGCCAUGGACGCUUUCCAAAAGGCUCUAGCUGUGGCCCAAGCGCAGAAUGAUAAUACGCUGUUGUUGCAGGUAUACGUAGGUCUCUCAGAGCUCUGGCGUCGUCUCCGCGACGCAGAACGCGCAGUAGCGUGUGCGGCCCGCGCCUGCGACCUGGGCCGCGGGCCCCGCGCCGCCGACCUCAACACCCGCCACCACCGCACCGCGCUAUUGCAGAUGGCCGCCGCUUUGAGAGCACGCGGCGAGCUGGGGGAUGCGCAUGAUUAUUGUAAUGAAGCAUUACGACUGGCCGCAGUGGCGGGAGACCAGGGAUGUUACGCGCGAGCUGUCCGCAUCGCGGGCGAUGUGUACCGAAGAAAAUGUGACAUCGGGAAGGCUUUAAGACAUUACGAAGUAGCAAUGGGAGCGGGUCAAGCUUUAGGCGACCGCCUCGCCCAAAUGGAAGCCAUGGACGGGGCCGCCCGAUGCCUCGAGGCGUUGAGACUGCAAGGCCGGAUCUGUAAUUGUAGGCCAUUGGAGUUCAAUACAAGGCUGCUGGAGGUUGCUACUUCUGUUGGGGCUAAGAUGUUAGUACGUCGCGUACGUCUGCGCCUAGCAGAGAUCUACACCGGCCUGGGCGACGUGGAGGCGGCAGCGAGACAGAAGCGAGCGGCGGCCGCGUGGGCAGCGCCCGCCUGCGCCCGCUGCCGCUCCCCGCUCGCCGAGCGCGCCGAGCCGCUCGCGUCUCUGCCCUGCGCGCAUAUCGUGCAUCACGCGUAUGUAUCUAUAUACAACUAGCUGCCCCCGCCUGCGC